UGGAGAUUUUGGGGGCACUGUUUCGAGAUGUUUCACCCUUUUGGUAGAGUUAAGAGAACCCUGUUUCUUGACGUUCUGAGUGAAUGACAGGCUGGUGACAAGUCGCAGCAUCAUAGACUGUAAAUAAAAAGCGCAGCAUCGGUAAACAACACUGUUAUCAGCAUUUAUUGUGGCUUUUUCUCACGACUUUGACAAAAAGUCCAAACCAUCAAACGCCAUUGUACAUUCCGUGAGGGCAACACAGAGCUGCCUUUACCCGACUGCCCCUGAAGGCGGCGUGAAGUACCCGCCUUACGUUACAGUCACGUGAUUACGUAACAGCAACAAACAUGGCGCCGCGAAAGUGAGGAGGAUACUGCUAGGUGUUGGUUUGGGGUCCACGCUCUUAUCAUCACAUCCCGUCGACAGCCCGGACAGAUGAGAGGAAGGAGGGACAGUCUUCAUCAGUCAACAAGUUCUUCAGCAGCAGAGCAGGAUGGCUCUGAGGAAACAGAUCAUCAAGGAUGGCGGUGACUUUCUUUCUGAAAGCCAACAGAGUGACGAAAACACGCAGGUGGACGGAGAUCUGAAUGACAGAGACGACAAUGAUGAGCUCUCUUCAUCACUUCUGCCUCUGUCAUCCUUGAGAGAGAAUCGCAGGAGAGAGAGGGAGAACAAAUCCAAACCUAAAGUUCUUCAGCAGCAGAGCAGGAUGGCUCUGAGGAAACAGAUCAUCAAGGAUGGCGGUGACGUUCUUUCUGAAAGCCAACAGAGUGACGAAAACACGCAGGUGGACGGAGAUCUGAAUGACAGAGACGACAAUGAUGAGCUCUCAUCAUCACUUCUGCCUCUGUCAUCUGUGAGAGAGAAACGCAAGAGAGAGAACAAGUCCAAACCUAAAGAGAUGACAGAAGAGGAGAUGAUGGACUUGGCGCUGCGUCUGAGCGAACAGGAAGCGAGCAUCACGGCACUCAGGCUGCAGAAAGAGGAAGAGGCUGUAAUGAAAGCCAUCCAGGAGAGUAUGGUCAGCCAGACGCAGCCCUGCCCUUCUUUCCAAAGUCAAAAUAUGCCCUCUGAUGCUGAAAGUCAACUCAGGCUCUGCUCUCGAAGGAAACUCUUGUACUCCAACAGGAAGCAGGCAUCAGGGGACGGCUGCUCGCCAGAGCCAGACCUGAACGGAGGAGCAGAAGGACCUGGAGAUGAGAGUCCAAAGAGGAGUAAAAAGCGUAAAAGGAGAGAAGGAAGUCCUCUGCUGGAGAUGCCAGAUUUAUCUCAGACUCAGAAAACCUCCUGUCUGGGUUCACCUCGAAGCUCUGAGUCUCUGGUCCUGCAGCUGGACUCAACUCAGAGCUGUGACUUGACCCAGAUUGAGGACCUUAAAUCACCGGUCUUCCCCUCAACCGGCUGCAGAACGGAGGUCCCUCGUUUGAGCCAGAACUUGUUGGACUCCUGCCGGACCUCAGGUUUUGUUUUGUGUUCUCAGGACAGCUCCAUCGUCCCUCUAAAGUCUCAGCCGGAUCAACUCAAGAGCCCGACGUUCCCCCAAAGCCCCAAAAACUCCAGAGACUUCACUCUGUCCAGAAGUCCUGUGUUUUCAGAGGCAGAGCAGGGAGAGGACUCAGAGACACAGUUGGAUCCAGUUGACUUUAAGAGUCCAGUAUUUGGACAGACGACUCAGCAUGAGAAGUCUCCGAGUGCCUGCAGACCCCCAGACUGUACCUCUGCAUUUGGGCUCUCCUCUCAGGAGAGUCUAUCCUCCUCUGUGAUGUCCACUUCCUGUCAGCCUCAAAGUCCUGUGUUUUCUAGAAGGCGCUGCCUCCCAGAGACUGACUGCCCCCCUGAUAGAUCGGGAGUCUGUAGAAGUCCAGUAUUCUCACGGACUGAACAGACUGAGCAGAGACAUGUUGGCUGUAAGAGCCCAGUGUUUGACCGGAUUGAACAAAGACCACAAACAAAGACCAUUGACGUGCAGAAUAGCUCGGACAAAAAGACGGAUCAUGUCCCAGACAUCAAGUCCAAGAAGUCUCCUAAAUCAGAUGAUGCAGAGGAGGAGCUGACUGAAAUACCCAAAGAUCAGAACACAGCAGAGAUGGAGAUGAGCUGCGACAUGAAGCUGCUCUGGUCUGACGAUGACGAGGACGACGUCACGCAGCCGACAGGUUCACCCAGCCCUGUCUUCCCCAAGGAGCGAAUCGUUCUUCUGGCUGACAGUGAAACAGCCCCCAUGAAUCAUGUGACUGCAGCCUCUUCAGGGAUCAACGGUUCAAACUGCAGCAGACAGCACAGCUCCACCUCAGAGCCAGACUCUCAGCCAACCAACGAGGGGACGGUCAGCAGGUCGUCGGCCCCACCUGGAGAUCCUGCAUGUGAGGCGACAGUGCACUACUACUGGGGGGUUCCCUUCUGUCCACGAGGCCUGAACCCAGACUCCUACACACAGGUGAUCCUGGCUCAGAUGGAGGUGUAUGAGAAGAGUCUGAAGCAGGCUCAGAGGUGUCUUCUCAGAAAGGCUGAGUGGGGGGAGGCCGUCCUGCCACAGGUGGAGAAAUCUCCACUACCCGAGUCACAGUCGCCUAAAUCACCUCAACAGGAUGUUCCUAAAAGGCGUGGCCUCGGACUGAGAAGAAAACCACUGAGAAAAGAAGCAAUGGGAGAGGAGGAGGAAGAGGAGGAGGAAGAAGAAGAGAGGGCAGAGGGAGAGGAAACACAGGAGAAGGAGCCAAAAGAAGAGGUUAAGAAGAAUGAGGGAGGAGGAGAAGGACAGGUGGAUUCUGAUGACUGUGAGAUUUGUCCAGAGACGCAACUGAGUAAUGCUGAUGACGACGACAAGACGCAAGAUCUGAGGAUGGAGACUGAUGCUGGAGAGGAGCCUCAAUCUAAAAGCCCAGAGGAGGUUGAUGUUGAGGUGCUUCUUCGAGAUGAUUCUCCAGCUGGGGAUGAGCCACAGGAGGAGGGCGAGAUGGAGGUGGACGUGGAUGCUCAAGAAGACAGAACGACAAAAGUGAACAUCCCUGUCAGCAGCAGUGAUGCUGGAGGUCAAGACGUAAGAACAGAGGAGGAUAGGAGGGAAUCAGAUGUGGAGGAGAUGAACAGUAGCAGGCUUCAGAGGUCGACGUCUCCUGAACUGGAACCGGCAGCUGCUGCUCAGAGCUCUGAAACCAGCGUGGACUGUCCCAUCUGUCAGGGGUCGUUUCCUGUGACGGAGAUCGAGAUGCAUGCUGCCUACUGUGACGGAGAGAUCGCUGUGGUGCACCAGAGGAGGCUGAAAGCCAACAGCUUACAAGUGUCUUUGAAGCCACGCAGGAAGAGAACAAGAAGAAGCGAGUCAAGAGAAGAAAAGGAAGAGACUGAUGAACCCUUCAACACUGGAAAAAACCAGGAGAAAUGUUACGUCUGCCACAAAGCCAUUCCUCUGAGAGAGUACAACACACACACAGAGCUCUGCAUCCAGCUGCAAACAUCGAAAACUUCACGGAAAGGAAAUCUGCUCUCAGCUCUGGAGCACACAGACAGCAGGGAUUCAGAGGCUGGACCGUCUGGAUCUAAACAUCAAACAGGAGAAGUUAUUGAACUGCUGGAUGACGACGAUGAUGAUGACUGUGAGGAGAACACUGAGGUGAGGAAGGCUCUCACGAUCAGUAACUCUCCCAUCAGAGCAUUCACUCCCAUCUCAGAGGCCACCGACUGCCUUAUCGACUUCAAAAAACAGAGACGAGUCAAGAAGCCGAGCCAAAGACGAAGAUGAGGACGACGGAAAACUGAACAUAACAAAGACUGAACCCAGAACCUUAAAAAAGGAGGAGUAUCAGGUACUAAGUGGCAUUACUGAGAGAAAGGACUCAAUGUUGAAUGUUUCUGCAGGUAAUAGAACACAAACUGAGCACCUGAAUGUUCAAAGUCUCAUGUUUAGUCAACAGUUCCCGUAAUGUUUGUUUUAAUGUUGCAGGUGUUUCAGACUACCUCUUCCUCAUGUACAUUACCUUCAUCACUAAAGCUUUGUUUGAUGUCUGACAGUUUAGUUUUCUAGUCACACACAGCUCCAUGUUUCAGCCCUCAAAGUGUGCUGCCUUUUAGCUAAAAAUAAAACAUAGUCGUUAUAUGUGGCCAUAUUAGCUGCAAGGCUUCAAAGGUUCUCUUCGCCAUGUUUGAUUGUAAAACUGUAGAUUAUAAAGCCAUGAAAUGUUACACAGACAUUAAUGUUCCAACACAGACAAAUCUCCCUCACUCUGGUGAUGCUGACCCGUUACAGUCCCCUCAGCAGGUACAAACACAGGCACCUGAGCUCACGACUGAUUCACCCAGAACUCUGAACUCAGACUGAACAUGCUAAAGGUUCUAACGUAGAGGGCACUGAGAGGAGUUUUCAUGUUAUGACUCUGUUUUGUGCAGACUAAUGACUCCAUUUCCCAUGAGCACACUGUUGCUACAGCGUGCAGCUUUAGUGGAAGCACAUUAUUGGUACCCAGAUUACUUUUUUAAGACAUUUUUUUGCAGGAUGCACAGCGAUGACGUCAUGUUUUGAUUUGUAGCUAUUUAAAUGAUGAACUAUUUCAUAACAAAGAUUUAACUUUGAUUUAUUACCGUUAGUUAACUUAAUAAAGGUGACCAGUUGGUUGAACGUUUAGCUCAAACCCCCAGUGUCAUGAUGUGAGCUCCAGUGUUACACUGUAAGAGCAGUGAAGCAUUCACACGCCGGUGUAAAUGUUAAAUCCUGUUCAUAGACAUUUAUAUCUUUUACCGAGCAGAGCCCUGGUUGUAGAGUUCUCCUUCUGAAACAAAACUUCAACAGAAAACGUCUGUUUGAUAAUCCUGCUCCAGUUUCACACAUGAGGACAAAACAUGACACAGAAAGAGAAUGAUCGAAAGUUUAUCUGCCAAACUUUACCAUCAGAGCUCUGAACAGAGACACUUCAGACCUGAACACAGCCUCUAAAACUCAGUAUAAAGAAACAACCACUGUCGUCACUGAUGAUCUGAUUUUACUGCGUGAACCAUGAAGAAGUGUCACAGAAGAAUGACACUAUGUCAACAUCAGUGAAUUUACAUGACAGCAGCAGUGCAAACAUCAUAAAAUGUUGAAUUUAGGAUGCUAACUUCACACCUGUUCACACAGACUUUUUGUCCUGUUGAUCGGGAUGUUGUUAAACUUCUAUCUGCACAGAAGGAUUCACCCUGAUGCUGCUCAGAAAUAUCCUCACUGAUAAUUCAUCACAGUGUAUGUUCCUGAUUUCUCUCCACUGUGGACCACUCAGACUGUUGCACUGUAAAGAUCUCAUCUGUUAUAUAUGUUUCUGUUUUUCUAAUCUGACUGUAUGCUCAGAGCUUCAGCCUUGAAUCUGUAUCAGCACUUUAGGAAACACUUGCUAGUUUUGAAGUAAACUCUCUCCACACACUGAAAA